AGCACGAUGGCAAUGGCAUGGUGGAAGAUAGCUCUAUAGAAGAACGCCUCCAAGCGAUGAAUAAGAAGAGCGAAGAGGAGGUGGCCCAAGAGAUUCGCCGCACUGCAGCUUAUGAAACGUACAAUAAGCUGUACGGCCGUCGACCGGAGGACGACUUCAAUUUGGACGAAGAACCAUUGGAAGUGCAUGUAGGAGGCGGAAACUCGGAAGAAGAUCAGAGGAUGAACCACAUGAAGCAAACGAAUGAGAUGAAAGUUGGUGCUGGUGGUGGUGGUGCUGAGGACGGGAGCAGGGUGCAUCAACAUAUCAACCAGGAUGAACAGCGAAACCCCAAAAAUGUUGAUCUAUCUUCCCACGACGAGAAAGUGAAAGACGCACACGACGCAGGUGCAGUAGCGCCACAGACGAGCGGAGCACCUCCUCCAGAGCUUCCUGCUAGUGCAACAAGAGCCUUGCCAGUGGAUCCGCAUGUUGGAGAAGUAGAGCCUAUUAAUGAUCUCUUCGAAGGGGGCGAGAUUCGAGGAGUGGCGGAACACCUUGCUGUGGUAG